UUUCAAGUUUCAACAACCAAAUACUUUAUCGUUGCAAUCAAACCCUCAGUCUCCCGCCAUUUCUCAAUCACAACUUCAAACUCAUCAAUGGAGUCUUCUUCAUUCUCUUUCCCCUGCAUUCAAAUAAUAACCCUCUUGAUCUUCUCACACACCAUGUUCUCAAGUGUCAAGCCAGUAGCCGUUAUCCACUUCUCCGAAGAUCUUUACACCCGAUCAAGAAACGCCUCUGUUUCGCCUCCUCCGCCCCCGGUUCCAGUACCCGCUUUAUACGUUAUCGGUGACUCUUCGGUUGAUUGCGGGACCAAUAACUUUCUUGGGACGCUUGCUCGUGCUGAUCAUCUUCCUUAUGGCCGUGAUUUUGAUACUCAUAGACCCACUGGACGGUUUUCUAAUGGCAGAGUUCCUGUGGAUUUUCUUGCAUUGCGUCUCGGACUUCCGUUUGCCCCAAGUUACCUAGGUCAAAGUGGCUCUGUGCAAGAUAUGAUGCACGGGUUGAAUUACGCCUCUGCUGGUGCUGGGAUCAUCUUCUCUAGUGGAUCAGAACUGGGUCAGCACAUAUCCUUCAGUCAACAAAUCCAACAAGUCAUGGAUACAUUUCAGCAAUUCAUACUAACAAUGGGCGAACACGCAGCCGCUGAUCACAUAUCAAACUCGGUGUUCUAUAUUUCAAUCGGGACUAACGAUUUCAUACAUUACUAUCUCCCUGAUGUGUCCGGUGUACAAUCUAAGUUUUUUGCAUGGAUGUUUACACGGUUUUUAGCUCAGACAAUGAAACAGGAGAUAAAGAAUUUGUACAAUGCGAAUGUUAGGCGAGUGGUGGUGAUGGGACUGGCACCUAUCGGUUGUGCACCAUACUACUUGUGGCAGUAUAACAGCCAGAAUGGCGAAUGUAUAAAACCGAUAAACAACGUGAUACUGGAAUUCAACUUUGUUAUGCGAUACACAGUUGAAGAGCUUAAUAAAGAACUCGUUGAUGCCAAUAUUAUCUUUUGUGACGCUUACGCCGGGUCCAUGGAUAUCCUCAAGAAUAAGGAUCAAUAUGGAUUUACGUAUACGGAUACAGCAUGUUGUGGUUUAGGACGGUACAACGGUUGGCUGAUGUGUCUAUCGUCUGGAAUGGCGUGCAGGAAUGCUACAAAUCAUCUAUGGUGGGAUCAGUUUCAUCCGACAUCGGCUGUGAACGAGAUUUUAGCGGAGAAUGUGUGGUCUGGAUUGCAUAACAAAAUGUGUUAUCCUAUGAACAUGCAGCAGAUGGUAGCGCAACGGGUCAAAACGUCAGAUGAUGUGAUCAACCGGUUUUCCAACCAAGCCUAACUUGUACAUGAUCAGGAUAAGCAAUUUCGUUCUGUAUAUUGAAAAAUAUUCUUUGUGGCUAUGUGUACAGAUUAGGUAUGAUAAGUGCAUCACAUAUAUUUUAGUUGUAUGAAAUGUAAAUUGGUUAGAGAUGCUGCAAGCCUUUGUAUAGAGGAUUAGAAGUUGGCCCACA